AUGAGAUUACUUUACCGAUUACCAGUAGAGAUGGGUACCCAAUUGACUAUCUCUCCAUCUUUCUUGACAAUACAUUUAGGUAGCAUCGUACUCAAAGGUCAGUGGCUGGACUCCAUCCCGAAAAGCUGCCUCCAUCAAGCUUCUAUUCUCUUCUCUCAACGCGUCACCCAUCGUAUAAGUGAAGCCCCCGGUUAUCCAAUGAUUGUGCUGAUCCCCAAUAAACUUUGCGUUGUUAACAAGCCCGAGGUCCGCGAGGUCCGUAAGGUCAUAUCGGUCGAAGUCUGGAGGGACGAGAGGCCUUAUCUUCUUUGCUUGUCUCCGGGGUCCACGAGAGAGAAAGGUAAAAUCUACCCGAUCAAGGCAGAGAUUUUCCUCGCUUGA